AAAAUUGUCCGAUAAGAGAGUAAACCGAAUGACAUUUUUUCAGCGUAUCUGGAAGCAUCUAGGAGUUUCGUAACGGAUUUGUGUUCAUCACGUUUUGGAAUUCAUGCUCGUAGAACCUAUACCAGAAGAUCGUGACUCUUCGUCGGGUGAAUAAUUUGUUACUUAACGUUUCCUAUCUAAUUAAAAACGCUAAGAUUGUUUUAGAAAUCAGAAAACAUUAAUAACUACCUAUCUACUUUUCACAAUCCGUUGUAUUAUCGUAAUAAUUGAGAAAUAUGGCAGAAAAAAUUAAAGCAUUCUUUCAAAAGAAGAAAUUGAAUGCAAAGUUUAUGAAUGCUGGAAAAGGACACAAAUUAACAGAAUCAACUACCUCUACUGUAUCCACUUCAUCAAUAGAGCCAGUUAGAAGAGUAGAACCUACGCAAGAAGCUAAAGUAGCUGGUUUAGCUGCAUUGGCGAGAUUGGAAGAGAAAAAGAACGUAACUAAAUUUAACACAUCUUACGCAGCCAUAAAGGCACAAGUGAAACGCGAGUUAGAACAGGAAAAGAAAGCACAACAGGAAACACAGAAUACUAGUAGAGUAUCGGAAGAAGAAACAAAAACCCCUGUAAAAGAUAAUUCCAUCUUAGCUGUUGAUGGUGUAUAUUUUCGUUGUCCAUAUUUAUCCAAUGAAAUAUUAUCGAAAGACGAAUGGAAGAAAAAAAUAAAAGAGUUUUUGUAUGAACAAUUAAAAGGGGAUGAAGCAGGAUUAACAGCGUGUUUAGUUAUACGAAAUUGCAAUACAGACAGGAAAAAAGUUGACAAUUGUAUCGAAACAAUUGGAAAGUACCUAGAGAACAUCAUAAAUAAUCCAGAAGCAGAGAAAUAUAGAAAAAUUAGAGUGCAUAACAAAAUAUUCCAGGACAAAGUGUUACCGAUAGAAGGCGCAUUAGAGUUUUUAAAUGCUGCUGGUUUUCGACAGAUAAAGUUGUUGCAUAACGAUGUAGAGGAAGAUUUCUUAGUUUACAAUCCAGAAAAUUGUAGUAUCGAAGAUGUUGUCAUGUUAGAAGAGGCAUUAAAAUCUGUAGAACCUAUUCCGCUUGAAUUAGACAGAAACCUCCAAGUGUUGUUACCUAUGGCGGCAAGCAAGAGAAGCGAAUUGCCACCGAACUUCUUCAAUAUAACUCCAGAGGAAAUACAGAGAGAACAGCAACUUCGAACCGAAUGCGUCGAAAGAAAUCAAAUGCUGAGGACAAAAGCAAUGAGAGAAAAAGAUGAGAAACAGAGACUUAGGAAAUAUAAAUUCUCGUUGAUUCGUAUUAAAUUUCCAGACGAUAUUAUUUUACAAGGAACGUUUUUUGUUCACGACGAAUACGUGGUUGUAGUUGAAUUCGUCCGUGAAAAUUUAGCGAAUAACGAGAGGCCGUUCUGUUUAAGGAAGCUAGCUGGAAAAACAUUUGACAAAGAGUGUUUAAAUAAGACCCUACUCGAAUUGGAAUUAUUUCCAGCUGUUCUCCUAGUAUUUUCUUGGGAGAAUGAUUCGGAUAAAGCAAACGAAUCUACAGGAUAUUUGAAAGAAGAAUUACUCUCUCAUAUUAAACCUCUUUGAAAUCAUUUUCCAUACGAUUUGUAACUAUUUUGGAUUUGAAAUUGCAUUUAUUGAAAAAAAAAGAAGAAAAAGAAAAUUAUUGUGACUCGGCCUAUGUCCUUUUAACAUAGCGGAAAUUAAAAAAUGUUAUAGUUCAGAGCAGAUGUUAUAGAACAGAUAUAAAAAUUAAUUGUUAUAGUUUUACAGUGCAACUAAAAAUAUUAGAAUUCAUACCUAUAAAGAUACUUCCACUAUUUAUAAAAGUUACAGUCUUAAUUUUUAUUUAUUUACGUGUCAAUUAUAAAGUUAUCUAUAAUAUGUCACCUAUUCCUAGUCAAAUUUAAAUGAAUAUAUUAAUUUGUUACAAUUUUUUUAGUUCACAAUAUGAUCUUUUUACUCCUGGAUUUUGAAGUACAAGAUAAAACCAAACAAAUGGAUUAAUAUUUCUCAAUAUUUUUUUAUUGUACAAAUAUAGAAUUCUACAAAGAACAAUCGUACAAAAAUCAAGCGAAUCCUUCAAGGUAAUAUCUUUUGCCAUUGUCUGUGUUAUAACAAUAAAUUAUUGUUUUUUGUUC